CCUUAAUUGAGCAUCUCUAGGUUUUACAGCUGCACAUCUAAGAGGUUAUAAGCUCUAGUUACUAUUGCUUUAAUCUAUUCUUUUUUCGACUUAUAAAAGGUUAUUUAUCGCCUCAAUAGUACGUCGGAUAAGCUUUCAAAAUGGGGGCUGUGGUUGGAUCAUGGAACUAGGUACCUAAAGGCUACCUUGUGAAAAUAUGGCUUGCAUCACUCUUCCUCACAGUGAAUAAUGAGAAACAUCCAUUUCUUUCUUGUUUUUGCCCCACUAUAAAGUGAGCGUCUGCUAGCACAUCUUGGAUCUUCCUCCACUUCCCUAUCUCAGUUGUGCUUUGCUACUUGUCAGUACAUACCUACCUACAUACACCACGUGAACCUGGAGAUUUGCAUUAUCAAGACUCUGCUUAAUGCUCUGAUUUUCGCUGUGAUACCCAUGUCUCCUAGUCGCUCAGCCUCCCGCAAUGUGUUUAUCUACUUCUCGCAUCAACCUGGUGUAGUCCAGGGUGGACUCUGUGCUGCGCAAAACCUCACCAGACGUGAGUUCAUUGAUAUGCUCAAUAUUGCAUUCAGAGCAAUUGGUGGAUUCGAAGUACGCUUCUAUGGCUCCAAUACUCCAAUUACCCGUACCAAUCAGCCUUUACAGCGCGGUAGUUACAUCCUCCAUCCUCGAACAGCGGGAGAGCAAGUGGAAAUAAGUGACGAACAGUGGCACCCCCGCACACUGUCAUUGUCAAAUACACCUAGAGAAGAUGCAUUCCGGGACCAAGUCCGCACUCGCGAUAGGCGCUGUGUGAUCACUGGCCGUAUCAAUCAGGAUGCGGAUGUAGGGAUUUGGACUGGUUUUGAAGCAGCCCAUAUCUUCCCUUUGGCACUCGAUCCUCUCUUUAUCAGCCAGGGAUUUGCCCAGCUGAUGACUUACAAUGAUCCGCCAGGUGUUAAUUCACCCCAAAACGGUAUCCUACUUCGGGCGGAUAUUCAUUCUCUGUGGGAUAAUUACUUCAUCGCUAUUAAUCCCAAUAAUGGCUACAGAGUGCAGACCUUUCGUCCAUCUACUUGGGAUCUCCAAGGUAAUGUCUUGCAUACUGUGUGUCGUCAGCCGGGCAAUCCAUUAAGUGUUAUCGAUGCCCUGUUGCUCUGGCACUUUGAGCAGGCCGUGCUUAUCAAUAUGCGCGGUGCUGGUGGACCAAUAUUCGAGUUCGACUUUCCACCUGGUACCGACAUGAUGGGAGAAAUUCGCCGGGGGCCGCAACCAGCGGAGCGAAUGGAGGCCGAGCUGUUCAACCGACUGUAUAGCUGGCGUGAAGAACAAUCCUCGGAACAUGCAGAUCGCAGUCGGUCUCUUUCUCAAGUUUCAGACAGCUGCUCUUAAAGGCUCCAAAUUUUUUGGUCCAUUGCGUGAUCUCUUGGGUCAUACUUCUUUGCUAUUUUCUUUCUUUUCAAACCUAAUGGUGCUCAUAAUUCAUGCUUUAGCAUUACCAGAACAUAUCCUCGACGAUAACUUGAGGUGUGUGAUACGCGAGACAUCUCUACUUGGUGGAAAAUGUUAAAUUUAUCGAGAAGUCAACAGAUCGGUGACUACUUGGAUAGCUACAUUAUCAAACCAAAUAUUUCAAAGACCUUAUAUGUACUUGUAACUUAGCCAUAGGGAGUCCCUACUAUAAAGCGCCCUGCGCGCCAUUUUACGCUUU